UGUUUUAACGUUUGCUUGAUCGACUGGUGCGCACGUCGAGUUCGCCGGAUCUCGGACAAGUCCAUAAUGAUUUGAGAGAAAGAAAGAAAAGAUUUCGGCCCUAAUAUCUUGUCAUUGGGAAUUGGAGUAAACGGGAAAGACAUCUGUUUGUAUGUUGCGUGCUGCGCUCAUAUCGUGCGAAAGGUUGCUUACUAGAUGAACUUAACCUCUAAUUCUUGUGUGGCAAUUGCUUUGUAUUAACAUUUAACACACCUUUGUUUUCCUUCCACAUCGUGAGUUCCAAGUAUAUGAAAAUUAUUAAUUAUUUAAAGAGAUAAAAAUUAUUAAUUAUUGUUUUACAUGUAUUUUAAUAUUUUCAGAAAUGAUGGUAGGGUAUAAAAAAAAUUAUAUAUAAAUGUCAUAAUUAAUUGUAGUCGACAAGAUAUUUUAAGGAUUGAUUCUCGUCACUUUUUCCAAGUAUAUCAAUUAAGUAUUUGAAGUAAUUGAAAUUAUUAAUUAUUGUCUCACAUAUACUUUAACAUUUUCAGAAAGGAUGGUUAUGUAUUUAAAAAAACAUUGGAUAUAAAUGGUAUAAUUAGUCGACAAAAUAUUUCAAAGCAAAGAAAUGUGCAGGACAUAAAUGUCUCUCAAGGUGUAUAUUAAGUGUCUUAUCAUUAAUCACGCAUCUUCAUGUAUCAUAUUAACCAAUUCUGUUUCCCAUUUGCUCUUUUUUUAUUUUAAGGUCUGCUUCAUUUAAUUGCAUUUUUGUGUGCUUCUCUUGUUCUGCUCUCAAUAGGUCAUGCGCACCUAUUUCAUUUUUAAUGUAGAUACUGCCAAGCUGGAAUUAGCUGAGUUUUUUGUGAAUAAAUUUUUUUUUAUGUAUGUGUGUUUUGUAUUUAGUUAUUAACUCAAUUUUCUGAAUUAAUAUACCUAUCUUUAAUCCUUGUAUCGGCUAAACUUUCUAUUUUUAUUUUUUAGUAAUUGUAUGGCUCAUUUGCUACAACAGCACAACUAAAAAAAAUGUCUUUUUUUUUUAAAGAAAUCUGAUGGAAAUUCAAUAUACUGAGUGAACUAAUAUUUAUUCUUUACGAUAUAUUAUACUAAAAUCACAUUUAAAAAUUUACAAAAUUAUGAUUUAAAACAUUCAAAGCUACAAAACUUUGUUUUUUUUAAAUUUUUUAUGUUAUUGUAGCAAAUGAGCGAUAUAUCUUUAGAAUUUGUAGACGCACGUUUUCAAACGAUCCCUUUCUUCUUCCAUGUAAACUUAAAGAUAAUUAUUUAAUUUGCGAUUGUGUAAACAAACAUUUCUCUAAUAUGUCAAUAGAUUUUAUUUAAUGACUUUCAAGGAUACAUAUAUAUUAACAUUUAAAGUUUUUGUUUUAUUUUUAAUAACACAAAGUUCAAUUUUUUUUUUAGUUUUUCAAUUUUUCAAAGUUAAAAUGAGGCGAGUUUUUUUAAUUUAUCGGUUUUCCUAAAUUCAUCAAUCGCAUUAUGCACGAAUGCAACUUCACUCCGUAAAAGCCGCAUUUGUGCAUAAUACGAUUGAUCGGUCGAAAGAAUUAAAAAAAACUCGCCUGUAUUAAAAAACCACGCGUCUCUUUUGUAAUUGUCACGUGUGUGACGUAUGUGUGCACGCAUAGAGGAAUAAAUAACUUGGUGUUCUCGUUCUUCUUACAUAAAAUUACACGCAAGCCCUUUCCGCCGAUCCCCGUCGGAAGCGUAGGUACGCGACAAAGGAUUAAAUUCCUACCUCUCGUCUCCUAACUCAUAAGUAAAUCUCAUUUUGUGGCGCAUAAUAAAUAUCGCUUUAUCGCUCUUUUCUAUAUUUAUCCAUCUCUCUCUCUCUCUCUCUCUCUCUCUCGCGUGCGCGCGCGCUGUGUUUCCGUUUUACUCGCUGUUUAUUUUUCUCGCGUUACGCGACCGCGCGUAGGCGUAUUCUCUCUUUCACUCCGUCGUCUCUCGCUCUUUCACUCGUGCGUUGUUUUCCUCCCUCUCCCCACCCUUUCUCUACGAUGUGUGUGUGACGUGUAUGUGUGCGCGAGCGCGUACCCGCGCGCGCGUGCGUGUGCGUCGCUCGCGCGAUCGGCUUCUCUCGGCGGCGUUUCGAAGCGCAGUUACCUCACGCGGCACUUUCGUAUCGGUGGUGUAUCGCGACGGUUGUGUAUUAUUGCCGUUUAUUUGUGUCCGGAAUCGUACACACGGGAGUCACGAGGCGCGAGUAGUGUUUCGCGAAUAUUCGGCAGACGCGACGGUGGUGAUAAUCGUCUUCCCUUUGUGAUUCACAGUGGUAAUCGCGGAGUAAAUGUGGUGAAACGCAGUGAGAGAAGGGAGUAGUAGCGGGAGAGCAAAAGGAGAAGAGCACGGUCGCGGCAACAGGAGGAGGAGCAAAUUAACGACGACCGGACAAUCGCGAUCGAAGUGAUAGAGACGUGUAUCGUGAAAAAGGAGAAGAAAAAAAAAACAAAACACGGGCUCCGACGUUUAAAAGGACGCUGGACACUAAAACGGAGCAUUCGCAGUCAAGUUCGCGCGUUUGGUCGCUGGAGAAGACCGAUCGACGGUGAUCGAUAGGGAGAUACAACGCGAGUCGCACACGGUAGGAGGGGGACAUUUCGGGAGAGACAGAGGCCGAGGAGCCCGCGUUAAAAGCUGGAUCUACUUCGUGGCUUCGUCACGAAUUCGCGCGUUAACCCAUCGAGAGAAACGGCGCUCGACGAGGGAGCAGAGAGGAGAGGAUCAGCAGACUCCGGGACAGUCAUUGAUUUCAGUCGUUGAUUCGCGACGCUGGGUCGCGCGAAGGAGAGGAGAUCGUUCGAGGAUCAAACAACGGGAGGCCGCAGUGUAGAAAGAAAAUUUUCCGCGUAAUAUCCGUCUCCUCGGCCUCGGUUGCCGCCGCCGCCGCCGCCGCCGCCGUCGCCGCCGCCGCCGCCGCCGCCGUCGUCGUCGUCGUCGUCGUCGUCGCUGUGUCGCCGUCCGCGGAUUGGCCGCGCGCACCGCUCGCACACGCUCCUCUCCGUUCGCCGCGGCGGCGUGCGUCGGUGUCGUCAUCGUUGUUACUUGCGCGCGCGCACACACGCGUUCGUGCGCGCAGUUACACGCGCGGCCGAAGGUAGCCGACGUGCGGCGGAGUCGCCCGAGGCGGCGCGGCGCGGCGCGGCGGCUGAAGGCAUCACACGAUUACGUAUCUCGCCGGCUCCCGCUCCCCCUCUCCCCUCCCGCCGCCCGCCCGCCCGCGUUUUUCCGUCUCUCUGCGCGCCGCUCGUCGUAUGCGCACGUGCACGCGCGCGUCCUGCGUGUGAGGCUGUGUGGUGGUGCACCCUGCGCGUGUGUGCGUGUUGUCCCCGGCACGUGUGUUGUGUUGGCGCGGCAGCGUGCGGCAGAAGAAGGGGGAACGAGCACGAACGGAAGCAGCCAGGAUUACUCCAAACCAAGGAAAUAUGAGCAUUGCUGCCCUAUUACAAGCCGCUGAGUACAUUGAACGAAGGGAAAGAGAAGCUGAACAUGGCUAUGCUUCAACGAUGCCAAUACCCGAUGAUAUGCGGACGAUUACAAAGAGGCCAAAGACGAAGAAGUCCCAAGGCAGCAGAACGACUCAUAAUGAAUUGGAGAAAAAUAGGAGAGCUCACCUUAGAACUUGUCUCGAAAAGCUGAAGCUGCUAGUGCCACUUGGGCCUGAAACCUCGAGGCACACCACGUUGGGCCUUCUGACCAAGGCCAAGCGUUUUAUCAAGAGCCUGGAGGACCGCGAGCGUAAGCACGCCAUACACAAGGAGCAGCUGUCGCGCGAGCAUAGGUUCCUGAGACGGCGACUCGAGCAGCUGACGAACCAGACCGGCCUGCACGGCCUUCAUGCGCUUCAUGGCCUCCACGGGCUCAGCACGAGCGCGCCAACCGGCUCCGUCGCCGCCGCCGCUUCCGCGGCGAUGUUGUCCAAGCGGCGCAGUAUUUCCGAGUGCUCCCUGGGCACGGCGUCCACCAGCUCGACCGGAAGUUCCAGCAACUCGGACAGGUCUGCAGGUAGCCCAUCCAUCUCGGAGUCCGAUGAAGUGGACGUGAUUGGUUAUACGAGCAAUCAAUCGGACACCGACGAUCAUAGUAGCGUACAGAGUAGUAGCGACAGCGGUGUUGCGAUGUCCACCUCCAGACUGACUCUUUCCGAGAUGAUGGACAAUCUUUAGACAAAGAGGCGGUGCGAUGGCGGCGAAAGGAGAAGCGGUUGAAGAAGGAAAAGAGAGAAGGAUAAGGGAGGGGAGAUAGAGGAAAGGAAGAAGAUCCAUCGGGGCGUACGAAAAUUGACGGCGCGCGAGAUGUCGACUCAUACACACAUUACAUAUAUACACAUAAAGUGCACAUUUAAAUUCAUACUCAAUGCAACUUCGUCCUUCCAAAAUGGCCUGACCGGCAAAGCAACGUUGAAGAAGAAGAAGGAGUCCUUUAGAUGUCACUCGACUUUGCGAAGAUCUUCGAAGAACAGAAUAGAUUUCACAAAAAUUAGAAUUGAUGGAUACGAGAGGAAUUUGAACAAGAUUGCCAUAGCUUGAAGAACAUCAAUAGCGAAGAAAAAAAAAUUGAAGAAACGAAGUUAUCUUUGACAUCUUGACUCUUUCGGUUCUAGCCUACGAUAAAAGAAAAGGAAGUCUUCAAUACUUUUGUUGAAUAUUGCAGAGAGGAGACAAUUGAACCGAAGAAAAAGUACCGAUUAAAGAAUCCGUAAGAAGAUAGAAAAUAAAAGAUGAAUUAAAAACAGAAAGAACGGUUCACCAUAAGUUUAUCCCAUAAAAACGCAGAAAUGAGAAACAGCUUAAAGAAACAGAUUAAAAAGAAAGGAUGUAAAGUAUAGAUUUUAUCACCAAUUCUAAAAAAAACAACAUUUGAAAUAUUGAUUGCUGGAGAAAUCAAUAAGAAAACAUUCUACCAUUUUUCAAAAGCUGCAUACACACUUAAAAAGAUUUGAAGCAUUUUUUUGAAAAUUGUAGUAAUAUCUGACGUAUAUGAUGCAUCCAAAGAAAGAUAAACAAAAAGAGAUGAGAGAAAUGGAAUAAAAGAAAAAAGUUAACCUGGAUUAAAAGGCACAUUAGGAAUAAAACAGGAGAAUUUAAAAAAAGAAAUAACUAAAAAAUAGGAAAUUUUGAUGAAGAAGAAAUCCAGGCACUUUUUCGAAGACUGAUCUCGAUGAAAAAAAGGAAUGGAAAUGGAAAAAUAAGAAAAAUGUGAGCAGAAAGCAGAGAAAAGAAGGUAACAAGAAGGUAACAGCUGGAAGAAUGUGAAAAAUGAAGAUUAUUGUAAAUUAUCGAGCAUUGACGAAAUCAUAGCAGCAUUGUAUAUAUUUUUAAGAACGCGAACAGAUUUAUUAAGACAGCGUAGAUAUGCAAGAGGGAGGAAGAAAGAGUGUGUGUGUGCGCGUGCGUGUAUGUGUAUGUUUGUGUGUGUGUGUUUGUGUGUGUGUGUGUGUGUGUGUGUGUGUGUGUGUGUGUGUGUGUGUGUGUGUGUGUGUGUGUGUGUGUGUGUGUGUGUGUUAUGUACGUGUGUGUGUGCGUGUAUGAGCGCGUGUGCGUGUAUGUGUAAGAUAGAGAGAAAGCAAAAAAAGCUAAAUAAAAAGUGAAAGCUAUGGUUAAGCAAAAGCUAUGAUUAAAUUCUUCGUUUCGUUGCAGUCUUAAUCCUAAAUUUUUGAAAAAAAAGAGAAGGCUUUGAUUGACCAUUUCGAGACUCAACCAUUAAAAUGCACGCCUAUUUGGUUUAGCUUUGCAUUAAUUGAUAAAACUAAAAAUUUAUUCUUAGAAAUUUAUUUUAAUUAAGUAAUUUUUAAUAGGCUAAUAAUUUUCUAUUUUUUAAUUAAUUUCAUAAUUUUUGAAAUAAAAUUCUAUUUCAGUUUUUACUAAAAGGAUUGAACAGAGCAUAAAACAGAAGUUAAAAGUGAAAAUAUAUUUUUAUAAUAGCAGUUACAUUCAGUUUAUAAUAUUUUAAUGUAAUUUUAAAAUAAUUUUAUGAAGUAAAUUUAUAAUUAAUUUCUCUAAGACAAAUUUAUAGUUUUAUCAAAAUUUAACCAAGAAAAGUUUAUCUUAUAAAGAGUUAUUACCAAAUUAGUCAACAAAUUCGGAAGUAUUUAUCCGGAGCAAUCUACUUAGUUUAAAAUGACGAAAUUAUUAAAGUAAUUUGUAAUAUAUAUACAUAUAUAUAUAUCAAAUAAAUUAUAAUAAAAAUAUUUCACAAAUUUAUUCAUAAAAUUGUUUAUUUAAUUCAAAACUUAAAGAUUAUAUGCAAUAUUCGGAAUUAACUGUAAUACGUUAAGAUUAUAAAAUAUGAAAUUAUUUUUGUAGUAUAAAAUUAUGUAAAAAAAUUAGAAUUACUUAAAAUGAUUAUGCAAAUUAUUUCAAUAACAUACAAAAUCAUUUCCGAUACUAAAUCGCGGAUUACUUCCAUCAAAUGUUAUUUAAAUAAUCAUACAAACAGUAAACAAACAAAUUAAGCUUGUUAAAUAAACCAAGUAAACAAACCCUGCGCCGUCGUCAUAUUUGCAAAAAGAUAUAAAUCUUCAUAAAGUUCGACACCGCGUAAUGUAGAAGAAUAUGAGAAGGGACAAUGUUUAGAGAAUGAAGGAGAUGGACAAAGAUAGACAAACGGCUAAUUUCUUGAUGAAUAAUGAAUUGCGAUUAAUUAAUAGAUAACGCAAACUCACACAGACACAAAAGAACAGAUAAACACAUCAUAUGUACACAUAUAUAGUUAAGUAAUUAUUAUUCUGUAAUUAAGCGAGCAAACAAAGUAUAAAAAACAAAGUAUAAAAAGCAAAAAAAGUAAAUUGAUAAUUAUAAUACGGCGUAAGUGAUGUUUCAUUAUAAAUAUAUAUAAAUAUAUAUAUAUAUAUAUACACAUAAAUAUAGAGUGUCCCUUAUUUAUAAAUAUAGAUAUAGAAAUAGAUAAGGAAUCUUGUGCGAUUUCUGCUCUCCAAAAAAUUUGUUCAUAACGGAUUUUCUUAAUCAAUUUACUAUGAAGAGAAAAAUAAAAAGGAAAAUAAAGAUGUUAUGACCAAAAGGAGACAAUUUAAGGAAAAAUUACAAAAUAAAUAAAAUAAUAAAAGUUGAAAAAUUAUGACGAGGUAAUGAAGGCAAAGAAGAAAUUUCAAAAUCUAAGAGAUUAAAAAAAAUUUAUUGUAAAGGAAAUUAUAGGCUGCCGAAUGUGCAAUAGAAUAACUAAAGAAAAAAAAUUAAAGAAAUAUGGGACACUCUAAUACAUACACACACAUUCGAAGAGUACAAAUUCCACAAAUCCCUCAUUGGGUAUUCUCGGGGCUGUUAUCAUCUUUUUAUGUGACGCGUUUUUGUUUCACGAUCUUGGACUAUUUCUAGAUCAUUUGUGAAUGAUCUACGAAGCGAACAAUCUAAAGUAUAGGUUGAAACCGAUACAAUUUCGCCAAGUUCGCAAUUUGACACUAAAAUAAUUUUAUUUUGAUGUGAAACAGUAUUAUGACAUUUUUCUCAAUUUUAACAAGAUAAUAUCAAUGUUUGAGAAUGUUAUACUAUUUCAAUCUAAAUAUAAUGUAUAAUAGAUACAAAAUAUUAUGAGACAUGAGUUUAACGAAAUUAUAGCGGUUUCAAUUUCUGAAAUGGUAUCGAAAAUCGGAGAUGUUAUCGACUUAAAGGACAAAAAUGAAAAAGUCCUUUUGUAAAAUUGGCAUUGGACGAUAGUUUAAAGAAUAGACUGAUUACCAAAUAUAACGAAUGAUCUCUCUGAAGACCGACGUUAAUUGUAAGUUGAAAGUGAAUGUUUUUGAUGUGCAUAUUGUGAAAAAUAAUUCGUUACAGAAUACGUGCCGUCGGUUAACCCUUUAACUUUUACUUGUAUAUGGGAUACGCAAAAUCGGAAGGUCGGAAAGUCUGUCGUUGAAAAGCAGGAGAUAGAUCAGCUUAGGCGAAGUGUUUCUUUUAUCACAUUACUUAUUAAUGAAAGAUUUCUUUAUAAAGCUAAAAAUAGUAAACUUAAUUAUUUCAACUAUUUUUAGACUAGGCGAUAAUUGAUAUUGAUAAAAUGUAUCAAAAUUGCUACAAUUCGUAAAAUAAGUUAAAAUUUUGCAAACAGUAAACAUUUACAUUUAUCAAAUGUAACAUAAUUGUGAUCUGUUUGAGAUAUCGAUUUUGUGAUUUUGUAAAAAAAUCUAUAAUACGAAAUUAGAUUGAUAUUAGAUUUUUGUAUAUACAAAAAGCGUAUAUAUUCUUUAUAUUUUAUUUUUAUUAUUUUCUUCUUUAAUUCAUUUUUUGAUUAUUUUUUAUACAUUUCUAUACGUUUCUUUUUCGUUUUAUAUUUAGUUUAACAUUUAUUAUACUAUAAACAUUUAUUCACUUUAUAUUAUUGACACAGUAUUAUACUAGUAAUAUUAAUUUAACGUGGUAAAAUCGAUCGACAGAAUAAAGAUUCUAGUGAUAUUUAUUAAAGUAUUAUAUAAUGAAAUCUUCAACGAGGCAGUGUUGAAAGUUUAAAACCUAUUUUUUAAUCUGAAAUUUAAAAAAAUGAAAUUAUUUGGACAAAAUUUAAAAAUUUUAUUAUACUUAAAUUUAAAAAAAUUUUAAAUAUAAUGAUUAUUUCUUCAUUUAUUAUCUUUCUUUAUUCUACACAGUAUUAUAUAUGUAUAAUGAUGUUGGUUCAACUCGGUAUCAAUACAUAUGACAUUAAUUAUUUCAUAACGAUUUAGAAAACUUUCAUUGCCUUAUACAAGGCAGUGAAAUUUAAAAUGUCAGAAAAUUUAGAAUGGAAAAACCACCGUAUUAUAUAUGUAUAAUAUCUUAAAAUGUAAUAAUAUAAACUAAUUAAAGAGAAUUGAGCACACGUAUUCUAAAGUUAUAAAGAUUCCACUAUUUUAGAAUCAAAGGUUUAAAAUCGAUUUCAUCGGAUAUUAUGGAAUUCAGGGAUCUAUAAAAGGAUAAACAAUCUCAGAUAUAAUAAAGAUAUAAGCUACGGAAGUUUUUUAUUAUAUUAUUAAUAUUAGAUUCUUGACAUCUUAAAUUCAUUAAUUAUAAUUUUAAUUUCUGAUUUUUAAUUUGUAAAUUUUUGAAAUUUUGAUGAAAUUGAACAUAAAUAUUAAGCAUUAAAUCGAAUAUUAAAACUUCAUUAAGUAUUAACAACUAAAAUUGAUUUAAUCGAAUAUUAUGGAAACACUUAAAAUAUUUCCAAAGAUUCCAAACAAGAUAAUGCGUAGAUGUUUGAUUUUCAAGCUGAAUAUAAGUUAAAGGGUUAACUGGGGAUAAUAGUUGGAUUAUAGACGAAGGACAUAAGAGAGAAAUACACAAAUACACCUUGACAAAAAAAAAAGAAAAUGAAACAGCAGCCAACGAAAGAAAGAUAGAUGUCAGGUAAUAAAAUUGUGAGGAUCAAGAUUUACAAGGUCAAAUCCUGCCGUAAAAGCGACCAAGCCGAGUGAAAUAUUUUCAGCGAGGCACACCGCGAUUUUUAAUAAUGAAUCGAAUAUUGAUUGUUGUAUCAACAAUCGCAUAUAGCUAUAUUGCAAUCAUAUUGGUUGUUGCAUAAAUCUAUCGCGGUGAAUACAUCACAAUUACAAAUGGCAGGCUUUGAUCGUGUAUGAUCCUGGGGCUAUCUUUCGGUAAGUUUACAAUUUUAAUUUCUAUUUUCUUCAGAGUGCAAACACAUAUUUUUAUGUCAAAAUUCUUUAUGCAGUAUCUACUUUUAUAAGAUUUGAAAAAAUUUUUUUUUUAAUUCAAUUUUUUAUUAUUAGGUUUAACUUCUGAAUAAUGAAAAUUUGUAUGUAGUAAUAUUAAUCAACAUAAGAUAAUUAAUUAUCUUUAUUAAUUAUUUGUAUAUGUUACUUUGCUAAAAAAUAAAUAGCGUUGGCUGUCGUUUAUCUUAUCACUGAUUAUCAAUUAAAUACACGAAAAUAACUCAAAAUAGAACUGACACCGUUGAUCUUCGUACGCCAGAACAACAUUAAGUCUUUGAAUAAAAUGGUAAAAACGCGCGCAGGACAAACGAGGGAACCACUAAGAACCAAUAAAAUCUAACAACUACAAAGAACUACAAGAAAACAAAAAAAAAAUUGAAAAGAAAUAAUAAACAAGUAAGCACAAAAGUAAGCGAGACCUCUGCGUAGAGAUCUAAAUGAGCAAACUUUAUCAAUUAAUUAUAACUACGGAAUUUUUUAAAGAAUCUUCCAUUUCUGAAAUGCACAAUAUAUGAAUCGCUUUUUUUUAACCUUUUUAAUGGCCAAUGGAAUAAAAAUUUUAUUGAAAUUAAAAGGAUUUUACAAUAAUUUUUUUUUAAUUUUUUGAACCUUAAAUUAUUAAUUUCUUAAAAUUUCUUAAAUUAAUUUUAUUAUUACACUAUUAACAUUGAGUAAUUUAUUCAUCAAUUAGUGAAAUCUUUUGUUUUAUGAAUUUAAUAAGUUUUCAAUAUCUAUAAUUGCUUUUUAAAUAUAUUUUAUAAUUUUCAAACAUAACUUAGCCUGUUUAGAUGAUUCUGGUAUUAAUCCAGAAUUUAUACCAUAAUAAAAACAAUCAUAACUUUAUACUGAAACUUUUACAUUAAUGAUGGCCUUUUGGGUUAAAAGAAUCAAAUUGUAUUUAUUAUAAAUUAUAUGAUUUUGUGAGAAAACUCUUAAAUGAGAAGAAAAUAUAAGUAUUGUCCACCGAAAAUAGAAGUACAUACAUUUAUGAGUAACUUUUUCACGAUAUGAAAUUGUAAAAGAAAUAUAAUCGUAAAUUGAAUCGCGUUAAAUUACAUAACAUUCUUUGAAUUUGGCAACAGAUUGUCUGAUAUUAUAUGAAGUAACUGAAAAUAACAAAAGAAUCUGUUUCCUAGAAUGAUAACAAUUGUAAUCGUAACAAUUCGUGACUAUUUAUUUUAGGACGAUUGAUUAAUAAGCUAAUCUAAAAAUAAAAAAUGUUAUAGAAAUAAAUAGACUCAACGUUUUUAAUUUUUAAAAAACACAGAAUCAUCUUAGGAUCAUAUAUAUAGAUAUAUGAAGUUGAUGCAAAAAGGGGAAUUAGAUUAGAGUCAUCAUACUUAUCAAAAGAUAAAAAUAAAAUUACGCAGGUUAUAAUAAUUUUUUAUAAAUAGAAGCUAUCAUCAUGAUUAGUUUCGACACAGUUUCCAUAAAAAGUUUUUAUCGCUGUUAAAAAAAAAAAGAAUCGGUACUGCUAAACAAAACGUAAGAGGAAAAUGUUUCUUUGCAUCAACUGAAUAAAUGUUAACGUCAGUUUCGAAAAAUAAAUUUUUUGCAAGGUUUUAAAAUUAACAACAAAAGUUUCUAAAGCAGAGUCGAGUUUCUUUUUGUUGCUUCGUUUCUUCACAGUACCGCCUUUUUAUACUAGAUGUUUUGACACAAUUGCAUAGUUUAGCUUCACGUAAUUCAAGAUAAUUAUUUUCGUUAUACUUAUUUUCACGUCUAUUAUCAUUUCUGAAGAUAAACUGUUCUAGUUAUUUCUUUCCGCGCAUAGGAUGGAUACUCUGUAUAUAUAUUUUAUUAAAAAUUACAAGGAAGAUACAUAUUAGUCUAAUAAUAAUACUUCUUCAAAUUAUCAACGCAAGCGGGUGUACCAUAAAUUAUAAUCCUGAUUAAAAAUAAGCGAAAAUAGAUAUGGUAAUAGAAUAUUGAAACAUUUUGAAACCAACUCGUAACCAGAAAAAUUAAGAACUUGAUUUUGAUAUACUAAAUUCACCUUUUCUUAAAUCGUAUAUUUAUUAUUAAAACAAAAAAUAUUCCCCUAUUGUGAUUAUUUGCUGAUCUACAAUCUCAUUUAUUUAAACUUACUUUUCAAUCAUAUUUAAAUCAUAUAUUUAAUUAGACACAUACAUGAAGUCUUCUAUAUUAUGAGUAUGAAGGAAAGGUGCGUAAAAGAGAAAAAAGGAAAAGAGAGAACGUAGAAAGAAAAAAGAGAAGGAAGGAUGAAAAAAGAGAAAGAAGGAAAAAGGGAAGAAAGAGAGAAAGAAAGAAAAGUGAAUAAAUUACUUAGGAAAGGGAAAUAUAUAUAGAGGUAUAUAUAUUCGUUACGAGAAAGGUUCACUUUUCUUUCUUCCAUCUGUCUUUCUCUUCCGUUGAAAAAAUUCACCAAUACUAAAAGUGAAAGGAAAAAAAGAGGAAAGCGGAAGAGUGACAGGCGUAAGAGAGAAAGGAGGAAAAGAAAAUGUGGAAAAACGGAAAGAAGGAAAGAGAGAGGAAAAAAUUGGAUGAGCGCAUGAACGGUCGAAGAAAGAUCACUAGGCAAUAAAACUUGACACGGUAUUGAAGUUGACAAAACGAACGACGAAAAUGCGUUAAUUUAAGUCAUUAGGUUAAAACCGUAUUUAUAUGAUGAAAAAAUUACGUAUAUUAUUAUUGAUACAAUAUGUUCGAAUAUUAAAUUUAUAUUAACCCUCAGCUAACACACUAUCUUGAUAGAGAUAUACGCAAUUGAAAAUGAUCGGGUGACGUACACCCGUGUGUGGCAAAAUAUCGAAUCCAAUAUAGUGUGUCAGUUGAGGGUUAAUCACUAAAAACUUUGCAUUAAUUGAUGACUAGGUUAAAAUUUAAUUGUAUAAUUCGAUGGUUGCGCUGGUUUACUCAAGAAAUUAAAUUCGUGAAAAUCACGAAUACAAACAAUAAAAUACAAACAAUAUAAGUGACAGAUAAAGAAGUAAUUCGACUGACAAUAACAACGUUUAUUUAUAUUCAUUAAUAUUAAAAUGUAUCAUCAAAGCUUAUUAUUAUUAGUAAAAAUUAAAAAUUGUAAUGGAAAUAGUAAUUGACAGAUAAAGAAAUAAUUCGACCGGUUUAAUCGACAAUAACAAUGUUUAAUUAUAUUAAUUAAUAUUAAAAUCUAUUAUCAAAACUGCAGUAAACAUUAUUUUAUAAUAUCGAAAUUGUCUAUUAAUCAAUAUUAAUUAAUACCGGUACUAUUUUGCAAUAUUAUUAACUAAUGAUGUUGCAUGUGUACGUAUGUGAUUAAUAGUUAAUUAAUAAUCGACUCCGAUGUUGUAAUAUAUUGUUAAAUUCGGAUUUAAUAUUAAUUAAUAUUAUAGCCGAUUACUGAUCAUUAAUCAAUACAAUACUAAUUAUUAUCAAUAUCAGUCAAUAGUGGAACAUUCGUAUUGUAUGUUACCUGCUAUUUCUGAUGAUUGUUGAAUCUUUCUGGGGAAAUUUUAUUUUUUUCUUUUAGUAAUGACGUUAAUAUCGAGGAGGUCUUCGGGCGCAGGAUAAAAUUUAUAAAGGAGUCCCUUAAGUAACGCUUGCUUGAGAUUGAAGAAAACAGAGAAGAGAGACCGAGAAUAAAAAUACAAAUAGUAAUGAAAAAACAAAAAAUGGGUGUUAUUUUUAGAUGUCUGUUAGAUUAUCAGAAAUCAGAAAACCUAAAGGAUUAAAAAAAAAGAUGCUUAAGCAGAAAAAGGAAUAAAAAAAGGAGACACUACUAUUAAUACUACUAUUAUUACUACUACUACUAUAACUAUUACUACUAUCGCUGCUAUUACUACAACUACUACUAUACUACUACUACAGUACUCGUAAUAAGGAUUUAAAGGACGUAGAUAAAACUUAGUUGAUGCAAUUUUUAGCGGGAAGUGAAUUAGAUUUAAAUUUAAUUUUCGAUUAAUCGAGUAAGAUUUUAUUAAUUUAAUUUUAACUCGACAGUUUAAUUAGGAUUUAAUCCCGAUUAACGCGGUCUCGAGUUGAAUAUGGAUUUAAUUCCGAUAACGUACGAAUUAAAUUCGAAUUUAAUCUCGAUUAAUGAGAUCUCGUAUUAAAUUCCAAUUUUGCUUCGAGAUUGUGGGAAUUUCAUUUGAAUUUAAUUUUGAUUAGAAGAUCCUUUUGGAGUGUCACUUGGGGACACCUUUUUCAUCGUUCGACGUUUUGUCGCUUUACUCGUUUAAAUGAUUAAAGAAAGACGGAGGGUACACACUGAAGAAGAGAGUGUGACGGCAGAUCUUUUUUUAUAAGUCCUGUAGGCCGAGAUCGGCCAGUCGUAUCUCGAAGAUCGUCCUCCUCUAAAAGGUGUUCCCCCGUUUUUGGACACCCUUCAAAGAAAGAGCUAUCAACAGUAGAAACUCCGCAAAGUUUCAUCAUUUAUUAGCACCUUUAAAGUUGAGUAUCCGAAAAGCUCAUUUUCAGUCACUUAUAACGAUAGGCUAUUGGUGUCUCAACUUUUUCGAGCGAUGGUCAUAUAAUACUUAUAUAAUUGAGUGUUUAUACAUGUAAUACCCUGUACAUCUGAAAGCGAUGUACUCGUAAAAGAUGGACUAAAAAAUUAUGUAUAAGUUAGAGAGAAUUAAAGAGAGCUAUCGGUGUAUCAACAUUUUUGGGCGCAAUAGUUGUGCUCUGUAUGUUGAAGCGAUGUCUUUAUAAAAAAAAACAAAAAAAAAAUGGUAACGAAUACAAAGUAAGUUAGAAGUUACUUAAAGAGAGUAAGGCGUGAAGACAGUGAAAAUAGGGAAAGGAAAAGUGUGAAAGGAAGAGGACGAGAGAGUGGGAUGAGGAACGCGAAGGCAUUUUGCGUGGCGAGACUCCUUCAGACGAAAAGUGCGGUCCUUUUCUCGGUCGUUGUUGAGCCACGUGAGUCUUACGCGUGAAGAUGAGGGUCCUCACUCAAUCUCUCAUUCUCUCUAUAUACAAUAUUAUAAUAUACAAUACGAGAUGACGGGAGGAUGAUCUUCGAGCAAAUAGGCGCGAUAAAGAAGUAAGACGUAGGAGGAGAGGGAGUAAUAGAGUAAGAAGGCGUUGAUAAUAAAGGAGGGUGAUAAACGAAAAGAAGAGCAGAUAAUAAUGAUGGCGAAAUGUGUCCUCGCUAGAGCGAGAGACUCGAUGUUGCAAAGUCUCGUCAAUUUUUGCGUAGCAACUUCUCGGAAUUCAAAGGUUUUCAGACUUUGAUGAAGAAUCCAAGGAUCUCCAGCGAGGCAGAAGAUAUUUAAAGAACGAAGAUACGAGAGCUUUAUCAUCUUCGUGUAGAGACUAAUGAUUACUUCCUCGCAAAGUUUACUAUUUCAUCCAGGAUCCAGGAUUCUCUUUUUAAUCAAGGAUUAAGAAAUCCAUUCUUUACGAUCGUAUGAAAAAUUGAGAAUCUUGGACCUAAAGAUUUCAUGACUCGGUAAUUGAGAAACUUAACGUUCCAGGUAAUUCGAAAGAAACCUCCAGAGGCUUCGAUUUCGAUUCCUCUUUGGAACCUUCAAGAACUCAAAAACCGCGACUAUAGAAUAGGAUGAUAGAAGUGUUGUCAGAGAUUUAAAGAAACUCGGAGAUCCAUGGGUAGCUUAUAAGGAAAUUCUUAAAGCUUCAAGGCUUCUCAAGAAUCCAAAAGUAUUGGAUUUCGAGUAGAAAGAGUGUCGCGGUACUCCAAGGAGUAGUUCAAAAGAAUCAUGAUUAUAGGAUAGCCAUGGAUUUAGAGUAUAAAAAAGACGGAGAUAUCUCAGGACUUGGAGAUCCAGGACCUUCAUAGUUAUACGCAAAAAUCGGCGGGCAUAUUGUUAAUAUACACGAUCCAAAACAGAGAAGUAAAUAAAUCGACGACGAAAUCACUUUAAUAAACAAGCUAGCAACCAAGCAAAAGUUAAAAAACAAAAAUAAAAAAUAAAAAGAGGAGACGAAUUGUAAUAAGUAGGAAGUGAAGUAACUGAAGUAACUGUGGUUUGGGCUAACUAUAUACUCGUCGGUUAUUUUCCUUAGCUCGGAUUAAUGACAGUUUAACAGUGUCAUGUCGUCCAGUGAUACUUGUCGAGUGCUUGUCUAAAAAUCUAAAGUUUGCAUCUCAAAGUGUGUCCACCAGUUGUUCGAAGUAAGGUGAAGUGGGAUAAUUGUGCAAUCGAUGCCGAAUUAAAAAAGUAUUUUUUUAUUUUUUAUGACAGGAAGAUCGAUGAUUAGUAGUCGAUCGAAGAAUUUUCUAAUUUUUUCGAAUCAUAAAAAAAAUGGUCUCACAAUUGCGUUUGAUAAUAAUAGAAAAAUAAAAUUGUUUUUAUCGAGAAAAUGAAAUAAAAAUGGCUGGAUAGAAGAUCAUUGCAAAAUGAUGAUAUUGAAGGUAACAAUUCCGUACUUAAAUGUAUAAUAUUCCGUAAUGAAGGUCAAUGGAGCAUUUUGAACAACUCGUACAGAUACCUGUAUCAUUUUAUAAUAGUUUACUUUAAUCACACAAAUUCAAGUAACUUAAUUGAUCUUAAUCUUAUUAUAAGUAUAAGAAAGCAAAAUUCUGAAUAUUCGAGAGAGAUGCACAUGGCCCAUUUCACCUUACAUAAAUUGCGAACAAUCGAAGUCGAUUGGAAGAGUGAAUGAAAGAAUGAAAGUGGGAGAGGCGUAAAGAGAUACUAAGAGAGAGAUUUGAAAGAAACAGAGAUGAAUAUAACGUUAUAAAGUACUAUUUAAACGAAUGUGAGUGUGUGAAUGUACGGUAAUGAGAUAUAUCUAAGACCUGCGACAGAGAAAAAAAAGAGAGAGAGAAAGAAAGACAUUUUGAAUUUUACGAAAAAAAAAACGGCUGAAGGGAAGCGAAGUAAAAUCAUCAAGUGCAACACAAUGGUCGCAAUAAGUUAAAGAUGAGACGAAUAUUGAGAGCGAUGCAAAAUGUUUGCAUUCUCACUAGUUUAAGAUCACAAAAAUUUAAAAGACAAAAGAAAAAAAAAUGAAAUCUUUGAAAAGAGAGGAAAGAGAACAAGAGAUGUUCUCUUAUAGACUUAGACGAAUGCUUGAACAUCUUGCAUCGCGAUUAAAAUUGAUUAUGCGAGUUUUGCGCGAUGAUUCCGAAAUGAGAAGAGUCCGGUUGGUGAUUUGUGAAAGCUGAUGGUUUGAAUUAGAAAAGCAUUUCUGUCAAUUCGUCGAUACUGUCGCGAUAUUCGAUGAUCGAUAGUAAUUAUGCUUAGGGAUGGAUGUAUGGGAAGGAUUAGAUUGAAUCUUGCGCGAUUUAUUACGGUUAAAAUACUGAUUGGUUGAUUGUCGUUGAGCGAAGUGAGACGACUGUUGAAGAAGAAGAAAAGGAAGGGCAACCAUCACUUAUAUAUUAUUGUACAUAUUUACCUGUAAUUGCUAUUCGUAUCGCAGAGGUUUCUGUUCUCUCAAGAUCAUUUUCUCGAUGAUUCAGCGGAAAAAAAUGACAAAAAAAUGUGAGAAUAAAGUUAAA